CGUUUUACACGACAAGGAUGCUACACCCGCAGGCCCGUUAUCAUCUCAUCGGAGCAUUCAUCUGAGGUCGUGCAAAGAAACAAAACAAACACCCCCUAAAAUGCGGGAAUUUAAAAUGACUGGAUGAGCCGAGCAGUGUUUUAGGCGAUCGACGAUAGCUGAUAGAGAAAUGCACGUCCACCGCCCUGCAUGAUCACUUAAAUAGUAUUGUUACAGCGUAGGUAUUGUUGGGAGAGACCACUGGCAAACAGUAAACAGGGUGAAGGUAGGAUGGAUUUAGCCAUUACAUGUUCAGUAAAUUCACGCGAAUGUUUUAAAUCUUAAAUGUGCCCGAGAGGUUCAAGAUAAAUAUUGACCUUAUGGAUGUACUUGACAUGUUUACUCAUCUCCAGUCUAUUUUCUUCUUACCUAGCAUAGCUACAGAUGCCAGGAGCGUUAUAUCCCGUAUGUGAUCAUCUUUGCACGAUUGUUUCUUUUCCCGCUGUCGCAAUCUAAGAUGCUACAAAGUUCAAAUAUUUUGGGGCAUGAAAGACCCCUGGUUAUUAGGGUAUCAUUCGCCACCUGUGUUCUGGCGACUGUGUGCCUACCCCUGCUCGGGCUCAUCACUUGUGUCUUCAUAUCCUCUGUUUUUCAUUUUGAAGAUGCCACUGGUACACACUGCCAGGUUCCUAAUUACCUGCCAUCUAUAAGUGCCUCUAUCAGCUUAAGUCCUGAGUGCCACAUUUGGCGAUUCUGCAUUGGACUACACUCAGCACCAAGGUUACUGGUGGCUUUUACCUACUUCAAGUUUUACAAGGCUCGCUUUGCUACCAGGUUUCCAGAGAGUUCACUCAGCUGUUUAAACCUGGGCUUUUCUAUAUCUGAAAACCUUGGACUCUUGUUGCUCACAUAUGUAUCAUCCACUGAGACUUACUUUGUGCAUAAGGAAGGUUUUGUCCUGUUCAUUGUAAGUUCUCUUAUCUACAUGUUGAUAACCUGCCGUUUAUGGAAAUCUAUUAAGAAAUAUUCCUUAAGUCCUGAGGAUGCCAAGUCUCACCACUGGAAAGUGCGUUUCUUACUUCUCAAUGUAUGCUUCUGUGCUUUUGCCGGAUUCUUUUACUGGAAACACAACAUGUACUGUGAAUCAGGGAGUUACACAUUUUUUGCCCUGUUUGAGUAUCUAGUUGUUUUCUCCAAUAUGGCCUUCCAUCUUACAGCCGUGUGGGACUUUAAGAGCCGGGAGGUCAUGGUCAUUUCAUCUUCAGAGGAUAAAGACUUCUGACUAGAAAGUCAAGGACUAGGUACUACAUGCACCACCCCCCAACCACCUGAUGACAGCAGCCUUGAUCCUGCUGAAGAGGAAGAGUGGGAUGAAGGCCUUUUCCAUAUAUUUCCAUGAUGACCACUCACAAAUCCUUAGUGAGUGAUGAUGUCUGACAAAUGAACAUAAGAUAUGCACAUGUGCUACUGUAGGGUUAUUAGGAUAACUUUAAGUGCAUUUUUUGCCUCAGUGUCUCAUUCAUGGAUGCCUUCGCCAACCUACAUGAUGUUAUGUAAUGUGACAUUUUAACUUUUAUACACUGCACAGCAAAUUUGUGGUCAUAUUAGAAAUGUGCCAAAGUAAAGUGAUAGUUCUUCAAGUAUGCUUGGCUUUUAUUUUGAAAUAUAAACUCAAAGAUAGGAAAUGGAUGCAUUCUGAAUUCUAAGCCUUAGUGUCCAGCUUCAGAAACACUGCACUCCAUCUAGAGUCCUCAAAAAAGAUUGGCACCGAUACUCACUUUCAUGUAAUAAAAUGCAGUAUUCAGGUUGCUGUUGA